CGCAAAAUGAACGGCAGCACGGGGAACCUUACCGGAGGAAACUCCACGGUGUUCGAGACUUUCGGGCCGUGUUUUCUCUGGCACUUGGAGAACAAGUUUGAGUACGACCUGGCCGUAGCUGCGUGCUCUCAUCUCCCCGAUCUGUUUCUGGAGGAGAACAAGAAAGUCGGGAUCGCCUCCGCCGCUGUCGGGACAGUCGCUCUCCUCAUGAACAUCGUGGUUUUGUCCGGAGUGCUGAAAAACCAUCAACUGUCUAAACCCAUGUUCAUGUUUGUGGCAAACCUGGCUACAGCGGACUGUGUGGCCGGUUUGUUCUCGUUCUUGUUCUGCGCCUGCUUGCAGUUGGAACUGACUCGACCGUGGGCAAUGAUGGGCUUGUACUGUGCCUUCUUUUUAGUGUUGGUCUCAUCAGCAGUUGGCGUGGUCCUCCUGUCCGGAGACCGUUAUCUGGCCAUCCUCCACCCGAUAUUCUACCAGACCCGCAUGUCUGGGCGACACGUUGCCGUGAGUUUGGGGAUCGCGUGGCCAGCCUGUGUGCUCGUCUGCUUGUCUCCUCUCAUGGGGUGGAACUGCAUCGAUAUGGACACCGAAACCUGCAUGACGAUGCUGCCCGUAGGUUACGUGAUUCUGAUCAACACCAUCUUGUCAAUGGCCGUAGUGAUAGUGGUCUUGGUCAACGUCAGAAUCUUCAUCGAGCUGAAGCAGCGCUUCUCCAGACUGGGACCCCCCGAGAACCCUCGAGACGAUCUGCCCGCCGACCGCCGCAGGGAACAGCGAGUCGCGGCCAGACAGUACCAGCAGCUCCAAACCGUGUGGAAGAUGCAGGUGACCGUUGUCAUCAUUGCCGCGGUAUUCAUCAUCUUCUGGCUUCCCAUUUGUAUCGGGGGUGUGCGGCACCUUUUGUGCUUCGCAAGAGAAGACUGUGAGAUAGAGGCAAGGCCAUUCUGGGGGUUGCUGAUCGCGCUCUGUAAUUCGGCGAUCAACCCGAUCAUCUACGCACUCAGGAUCAAGAAGAUUCGGGAAGCCGUGCAUCGCAGGGCGCGACGACUCGCCACCGCGGUUCGGGAAAAGUUGGGGUGGUCAUCGAACCAAGUGGUGAACAUUCAGAUUGUUGGAGAUCCAGGAAGAAUGGACGCAUGCGCAGCUGCUGCUGGAUCGAGUACGGACAGUCGGACUGACCAGCCGCCUAAAUGGGCAGUCAGCCGAAGAGCGGCAGAGAAUCCUAGAAACGCACUGAGAUCAAGCAGUGCAGAUGUGUUCUUCGUGGCCUCCUCAAGGUCGGUGAAGAUUCCUGGACUGAUUGAAAUCUCAAGCAGCGGGGAAGACACCGACUGA